AAAAGAGAGGAGGGGACGGGAAAGGGAGCGGGAGGGGAGGGGAUGGAGAAGGGCGCCUCCCUGCUGCUCCCCCCGUUCAGCAGGUAGUUGGGGAAGUUUCCCAGGGGAAGAGGAAGAAGGAUCGGGGUCACGUGGGACCCCACUGCCGGAGGAUCAACAGAGCCUUUGGAGAGCCCCGCGUCUGAGGGGGAAAGGGACACAAAGAGAGUCGGAGGAGGAGGAAGGAGAGAGACAGAGACAGAGACAGAGAGAAAGCGCCAGAGCUGAGGGACAGAAAGAAAGAGAAAGUACCAGAGAACGAAUGCAAAAGGAAAGCAGAUAAAGAACGGGACGAGAGAUAAGAGACAGCCAGAGACAGAGGGGCGGGGGCUCCAGGAGAAGCGGGCAAGGGGCAGUGGGGAAGCAGACCCUUCGCUUUGGGGGCGCGGGAGGGGCCAGACGCUGGGGGCCAGCCUUAGGCUGUCGCCUCCCCGGGGCAGGGGAAUACCCUGACGGGUCAGCCUUUGGGGGAGUAGUGUUUGUGCGUGUGUGUGUGUGUGUGCAUGCGCGCGCGUGUGUCCGAAGGUGAGUGUGAGUGCGUGUGAGCGCAGGGGGCCGGCGACCUCCGCGCACCCCCUCCGGCCGCCAUGAGCUCCCCUCCGCCCCCCCGGAAGGGCUUUUACCGGCAAGAGGUCACUAAGACUGCGUGGGAGGUGCGGGAACUCUACCGGGACCUGCAGCCCGUGGGCUCGGGGGCUUACGGGGCCGUGUGCUCGGCCAUUGACAGCAGGACCGGCACCAAGGUGGCCAUCAAGAAGCUGUACCGUCCCUUCCAGUCGGAGCUGUUCGCCAAGCGCGCAUACCGGGAGCUGCGGCUGCUCAAACACAUGCGGCACGAGAACGUCAUCGGCCUCCUGGAUGUCUUCACCCCGGACGACACACUGGACGACUUCACAGACUUCUACCUCGUCAUGCCCUUCAUGGGCACAGACCUGGGCAAGCUGAUGAAGCACGAGAAGCUCAGCGACGACCGCAUCCAGUUCCUGGUGUACCAGAUCCUCCGAGGCCUCAAGUACAUCCACGCUGCCGGCAUCGUCCACAGGAUUUUCCCUCCACAGGAUCUUAAGCCCGGCAACCUGGCUGUGAACGAGGACUGUGAACUGAAGAUUCUGGACUUCGGUCUGGCCAGGCAGGCGGACAGCGAGAUGACCGGCUACGUGGUGACCAGGUGGUACAGGGCGCCUGAGGUCAUCCUGAACUGGAUGCGUUACACGCAGACAGUGGAUAUCUGGUCCGUGGGCUGCAUCAUGGCCGAGAUGAUCACCGGCAAGAUCCUGUUCAAAGGGAGUGACCACCUGGAUCAGCUGAUGGAGAUCAUGAAGGUGACCGGGACGCCUCCCCCGGAGUUUGUGCAGCGGCUCCAGAGUCAGGACGCCAAGAACUACAUGGAGAGUCUCCCUGAGCUGGAGAAGAAGGACUUUGCUUCCGUCCUGAAGAACGCGACCCCCUUGGAUAUUGGAUGACUGGCCCUCUAGGAAAGGGUCUGAGGGGAGAGAAGAGAAAAUUGGAACACAAGGUUUUGCCAGGGUGAUGAUGAAAAAUUGUCCAUGCAUGUGUUU